UCUUUAGUGCUUUUAUUUUGAAGGCAACACGCCCAACCGGAAGCUCUCCUUUAACGACUUAAGUUUUGCUCGCCUUCUGCGGGUGAUGGUUCUCUGGUCCGAACGAACUGAACCGAAAAAACUGAUGCUUGGUUAACGUAGUUAGCAUUCCCAGAAGCCAUUACCCAGGUAAACUAAGCAUGAUAGAGUGUAGUAACGUUAUUCCACACCCUGGCUCGAGAGUGCUGGAGCGGAAAGGAGGUAUUGAUUCUAAGUGCAACCCAUAAGCGGAAGUUGGUGAACCAAAACACUUUUCGUGGUCUGGGCAGUUCGUUUAUUUGUGUUGUGCAGCGUGGGGAGAGGAGCUUCUUGGAGUUUGUCUCGGUAACGUAAAAGGCACUUCGGAAGACAGGUGCCAUGAGCAGUGAGCUGAAUGUGCCUAUGGGUUCCCCGGCCCCAGGGGUCUCAGAGCGGGCUCCAGAUGCUGGAGGGAUGGACUACAGGGACUGGGUGCGGCGCAGUUACCUGGAACUGGUCAGCUCCAACCACCACUCAGUGCAGGCCCUGUCCUGGAGGAAACUGUACCUGAGCCGGGCCAAGCUGAAGGCUUCCAGCAGAACCUCUGCACUGCUCUCUGGCUUUGCGAUGGUGGCCAUGGUGGAGGUGCAGCUGGAGAUGCAGUACGAUUACCCUCGUGAGCUCCUCAUUGCCUUCAGUGUGUGCACCACCGUGCUGGUGGCAGUGCACCUCUUCGCUCUGCUGAUCAGCACCUGCAUCCUCCCUAAUGUGGAGGCUGUCAGCAACAUUCACAACCUCAACUCUGUCAGCGAGUCGCCCCACGAGCGCAUGCACCACUACAUCGAGCUGGCCUGGGGCUUCUCGACAGCUCUGGGAAUCUUGCUGUUUUUAGCGGAGGUGGUGCUCCUCUGCUGGAUGAAGUUCCUGCCUGUAGACUCCAAAAAACCACCCACCUGCACCAGCACGCCAGCCACCGCUGUGGCGAACCUCACGACAUCCCCACCCGUACAGAACAGCGGCUGGCAGGCUGCGUUGGCCUCCACAAUCAUCAUGGUCCCAGUGGGGGUGAUUUUUGUGGUGUUCACCAUACACUUCUAUCGCUCUCUGGUGCGCCACAAGACUGAGCGCCACCACCAGGAGAUUGAGGAACUGCACAAGAUUAAGGUGCAGCUGGACGGCCACGAGAGAGGCCUCCAGACUGUGUGAUAAUAUGAUGGCAGCUUUAAGAACUUCCCUUUGUAUCCCAUAUUUAUCGAGCCCUCCCACUUUUCCGAAAUUUGUUCUUUUCGUUUCAAUUUGUUGUUCAUUGUUAUUGCCUUGGUUGGACUCUGGCCGUGAGCCUUAAAGCUCCUCACUUUGCAGUACAGAUGGCUUAUACGAGUCAGACUGCUAAUUUAUUCUUAAAUUAAAGCGACAUUGUAGGAUUUGUGCAGUGAGCUUCUCUUUGUUUUGAUCUGAAAUCUGUUGGUCAAGGAUAAUGUAAAAAGGUUUACAGAAAAAAGGGCUAAUAUGUUUUAUGUGCCAUUUUGUUUUUGCCAUGUGUGCAUUGUGUUGUCAUGGUAAGGUUGGGUGCAGAUUCCAUUUAAGAGCCAGUGAAGAAUUUAUGAUCUCUCCUUACUCCUUUUUAGCAACAAUGUAGAAAUGAUUUACGUCUCAGACUUCUCAUUUUGCUGGCCUUACCUUUCACCAGAAGAAAUGGCCACCGGCAGCAUAAACUAAUUAACAUUAAUGCCAUAAGUAACUUGCCAUAAAGCCAAAAUGUAACUUGGGUAUUGUUUGAUUAUUUUUCUCUCUGCAAGCAGGUGUCUGUGCACGGCCAAAGAUUAUGUGUAGACAAAGAAGAACCACUCUGGAUUAUCAUCUGAUUACGAGUGGACUAACCGGUUUUAACACCGAGUGGCGCCAUCAUGUCAGUAGUGGAAAUCUCCUAGUUAAUUAACUCAUAUGACAUCAGUAAUUUCAGUCAGGGUGUCCAGUAUUUGGAACAAGUAUUUCCUGAAAAAUAAGGAGUGCUGAAGUAAGUUUUACAUUUUUAAAAUUUCAGGGUGUGAAUGAAAGAUUCAAUCAACAUUUCAUUUUUUUAUGCCUCUUAUUUACUUUUGGAAACCGCAAGAUUAUUUAGACCACCACUAAAAACAAUUUUUGCCUUCUCAGCCUAUAAAGCUGAUCACAGAUCUGAUACUUUUACUCGUAGAUGUGUUACUUGCAAAUGUUGAAAUGUAAAAUACUGUCAACCCCCCCCCCCCCCCCCCCCCCCCCCCACUUACCCACCCUAUUGCAUGGAUGAGGGAGAACCUGCUCCUCAGUCAGACUCAUAGUUGACAUAAAAAUGAGCUUGUUUUAACUGUAAAAAUGUCGAGUCAUGCAUCCCACUUUACUCCCUUCACUUUGCUGUAUUGUGACUUACUGAGUGUAUUCUUACACCAUGUAUGUGCAUGUUUGGUACAGCAUGGUGAGAAGUGACCGCCAGAGAUGGCAAACUGUUGUAAAGUCUUAAAAAGUGCUGCAUUCUUGUAAAGCAGUGGGGAGGUUGGUGUCACUGUGUUUUUAGGUCCAAACUCUCACACAAGCCUCAAAUAUUUUUUGCCAUUUUUUUUCUUCUGAAUAGCUUUUAAUGUCUUUUACAAAGACCACAGACCCUGUGUAAAAGGUGUCAAACCAGUCAUAUCUGCAUACUGAUGCCGCUCAAAGUGCUUAAAUAUGAAUGUGUUACUGUCCAAAUAUGGUUCUGCCUUACAGAAUUAUUGCCUUUUAUGAACUGCUGUUUUCCGAAAGGUCACAACACAAACUGAUUUUGUUUUUCUGGAAAUGUACUUAAGCAUGAUGCAGUUUAAACUGAUGAAGUUUAAACACUGAGUCGGAUUGAGGCUGGAGAAAAGGUCAAAAUAAUGAAGAGUAUGACAUGGGGGUGGAAAUGGGAACAGUCAGUGUACCACAUGUUGUAAUCAGUCUGACCUUGUGACCUCCAGUUUAUGUUUUAAAUAUUGGGGAGAAGAAGCAGGAUUUGUCAGUUUCUUGGAUAAGGUCUGUUACUGCGUUUAAAAAAAGAAAAGAAAAAUGUAUCAACCUGUUACCACAUUCCAAAUAAGAUGACUGACCAAAGUGUUGCUGAGUUUGUUUGUUUGUUUGUUUGUUGCUUCUCAGAAAAGACAAAAAGUGCACUUGUAGUUUAGUUGUACAAUGAAUGACUACUGGGGUUCUUACCGGAAAAUAUCUCGCUUUGCCUUGUGUUUGUGGAUUAGUGCUUCUUCAAUGAAAACUGCAAAGGUCAUGGAGACGACAGCCUGUGAAUAGACUUUUAAAAAAAAAAUAAAAAAUAUAUUAAAGUUCU